CGGCUGCGCCAGCCCCAGCCUGCGGGGCGGCGUCUGCCGGGGGAUGUCUGGGGUUCUGGGGGGGAGCCUUGCUCCCCUUCCCUGAGGGGGGAGGCGGCGGCCCCGCUCCCGGGCCGGCCCGGCCGCACGGCGGGCUCUCCCUCGCCCGCCCGCUCAUUUCCGGGUCGGGGCCGCCUCCAGCGCUAACGGCGGCUCCGCUCGCCCGUUCCCCCGGGACAGGGCGGCUGCCGGUGCCCGCUCCGCUCCCCCUGUGCCUCAGCCCAGCUCUUCCAUUUGCCCUGGCCCUGGGGAAAAAGACUUUGAGAAGAUGGAGAACCAGAGGGGAGCACUCUUGGGAUACAUCCACUGGGAAGGAGAAGAGGAAGGGGAUGAGGAGGAUGGGGUAGCUCCUGGUGCUUCUCCUUCCAGCCAAACGAGUGAAUUGGAAGAUGUGCAGGUGGAGAUGUUCAAGAAGGCAAGGGAGCUCUUCCAGCUGUGUGAUAAGGACAAGAAGGGUUUUAUUACCAAGGUGGACAUGCAGCGGCUCCAGAGUGAACUCCCUCUAACCCUUGAACAGCUGGAGACUGUUUUUGACAGCUUGGAACAGAACAAUAAUGGAUACUUGACGCCUGUGGAGUUCAGCAUGGGACUAGGAAAGUUAAUAGGGAUUGAACUGUGUCAAGGGGCUGGGAGAAUGGAUCACUCCAGACAAGAGGAGACCUUUGAGUCAGGCUGGUCAGAUGACUUGGACCCAGCAGAUGAUGAUGAAGAGAAGCGAUUCUGUUCCAUGAUGGAGCAGCUCGAAGCAGCCCACAUGUUUGAAGAUCCACAUGGAAUUCGGGAGCUCUGGACUCGGCUACGAAAGGAGCGUCCGGAGCUCUUAUCCAAUUUUGAAGAGUUUCUGUUGCGUGUUUCAUCAUAUAUAAAAGAGGUGAAUCAUGAGAAGGAGUCUAUGGAACAGGCAUUGAAGCGGAAGGAGACGGACCAUGACCGAGAAGUCAGGUGCCUUUAUGAAGAAAUGGAGCAACAGAUCAAAGCAGAAAGGGAGAGGUUGAUCUGCCAGGAAGCACUGAGACAUGACAGGAGUAACCUGCUCCACAAGGAACUGCGCAGCAAAGAGCAGGAGCUCGAGAAAAUCAUCUACCGCCAGAAGAAGCUGGAACAUCAGCUACAGUCUCUGAACUCAGAGCAGCUGGAGACCCGUGUGCAGAAUGAAAGGCUCCGGCACCUGAAUGAAAACCUCUUGGAAGAGCUGGAGAAAAGCAAAUGGGAGCUGGAGGCGGUGAAGGGGCAAUUACAGAAGCUCCAGAAACAGGCCCAGCUUGAGCAAGAGCAGAAGGACAGGGAUGUGUUUAGAGUCUCCAAGAACAUGCAGAAAGAGAAACAGAGCCUCCUUCGGCAGCUGGAGCUCCUCAGAGAGAUGAACAAGAAACUUCGAGAUGAACGAGAUGCUUUUGAAGCCAAGAAGCUGGUGCCUCAGAGCAAAAAGCCCCUGUUGAAGAAAGGGUCAGUGCUAGGCAGUUACCUGCUGGAUGACAAGCCAGUCAAACGACAACUGGCCUCUGCGGACCUUUCCUUCACCUUCCCAGUGGAUUUGGCAGUGGAGGAACCCAGCAGAAAGAACUGUAAAUACUUCCCAGGUAAUGGGACAUGGCUGAAGAAAGGAGAAGGAGGCAGCACAAACUUUGGAGACAAGAGCAGAGACAAGGAGAGAUGGUCAUUGGCAGCAGAGGCUGAGUGGCUGAAGAUGACUUUGAAGGGUGAUGCUGACUGUAGAAAAAAUGCAGAUGGAUUAGAUGAUGCUCCGUUGCCUCCUAGAGGACAGCCUGUUGGCACUGAAACAAGGCUUCAGGCACUGGAACCAGCCAACUGUUCCCCAGACCGCAUCUUUAAAGUGGUGUUUGUAGGGAACUCCGGCGUGGGGAAAAGUUCCUUCAUCCACCGCUUCUGCUAUGACAGGUUCUUGGCUGAGCUCAACGCAACCAUCGGUAUUGAUUACCAGGUGAAGAGUCUGAUGGUGGAUAACACCCAGGUUGCCUUGCAGCUCUGGGAUACAGCUGGACAAGAAAGGUUUCGGAGCAUUACCAAGCAGUAUUUCCGGAAGGCGGAUGGGAUUCUGGUGAUGUACGACAUUACAGCUGAGUGCUCCUUCACAGCAGUGCGGAACUGGAUGAGCAGUGUCCAGGAAGGUAUCGAGGAUGGAGCUGUGGUUUUUCUGCUUGGAAAUAAAAUCGAUGCUGUGCAGAGAGAGACCCAGAAUGUGCCCAAGGUGGAGGGGGAAAGGCUGGCGAAGGAAUACAAGGCUGUCUUCUACGAGUGCAGUGCCAUGACCGGCUAUAACAUCACGGAGCCCAUGCUGCACAUGGCCAGGUUGCUGACAGCACAAGAAGACAGGCAGAGGGAGAAUGCCCUGCAGCUGGAAGAUGUCAGCAGGAGGAAAGGGUGCUGCACAUAAGGCACAUCAAUGUGCCAGCAAGAGACAUGUGCCAGCACUGUUUCACGCAGCUGGGGUUCCUUUUGAGCAAGCCGAAUCUGAUGGUAUCAGCUCUGCUGAGACUUGGGGAAGCUGCAGCUUUUCCCCAUCUGGGAAUUUCAAGACACUAAAUCAGGCCAAAACGUGCAUAUGAUCUGUGGUGUUCCAUUUCCCAACGCUGCAUGCAGCCCUGAUCUCUGGAGGCCUCUGCUUCUUUGGGGGAAUCUGGGUGGUCUUGGCUAAUAGCACUAACUGGGCCUUCUGUCUGGAGAGGUUGCUUUCCUGUGAAAGGAUGAAAACUUGUUCCUUUUCUUUCUGGCAAAGAAGUAGCCUAGUAGCAGAGAGUGGAGGGCACAGUGGGUGCUGUGUUAAAUAGAAUUUUAGUGUAAGAGAUAAAACUAUUUUACAUUUGGGCUAGCUCUAGGUAGAAAUCCAUUAGUCUCAAAGAGCAGCGUCUCCUCUUUGUUCUGUUACAGCAGAGCCCAGCUGAAAGCCUGCUGUGGUAACGUCCGUCAGUUCCUGUAAGAUCUGGAUCAGGCCCUGUAUUUACUGCGAAAUUUGGUUUGACUUGCCAGUAUUGUAGUUAACUGAUUCCAUAUAUGGAUACAGUAUGAACUGAUAAAAGGAGUCAUCCCGAUGGCUUUCUUCACUUCGUUACCCUAAUGGACCGUGUCACUGUCCCUCUCUUACUGUUUACUGAACACAGAGCAGUUGCCCUGGGACGUGCAGGCGCUGGCAUGUGCUGCUGAUUCAUAACCCGUUGCAGGAGCUGUGCUGUAUGACUAGGAGGACCAUAUAUAGCCUGUUCUAAGCCUGAAUGCUGCCUGUUUCCUCCCAUUCUCUGACCCUUUCCUGAAGAAUCUCCAGUGACUAGGAACUGACUUAUCUGCAGUACUAGAAGAUCCUUCCCUGCCAGCGUGACCACAGUGCUUUCAAAUGUAUCUGGGCUGGAAGCACAUGGCAGCUGCCUGUGUGAAAUGUACCUAGUGAAGCUUUUUCUCUUGUGGUGAACUUUUUUUUUGUAAGGUCCUGAUCCCGUUCUUCUUUGAGCCUGUUUCUGUAUGUGAAUUCGACAUUUUAGGUGCAAGAUGUGGUGCUGCAGCUGUGAAACAGCCCCCCCAACCCCGCAGCAUAUAGGGAAAGGCCUGUUCAUCCACUGCCUUCCGGCUUGUGGGAUAAGGUGCUUACUCUGAAUGUCUGUUUUCUCUGGGAGUAUCCCAUGCAGGAAAAGUGCUCUGAGUCACCUCCAGCCCAUCAAUGUUACAAAGAAUUUCCGUGGUUCCUCCUGGUGCCCUUUACUCCUGACAGGAAAGAGGAAGUUUUUCUCCGGAUGAGCUGGAUUACAGACUAAAAGGAAUGGCUAAAAUAAGCUCCUGCUCAGGCCUUGCUGCUGGUUGGCUGUGGUUUGUGCUGUGUUUAACUGAAGUAACGCCUUCCAGAGACUUGGAAUCGGAAAGUUAGAAGAGGUCCAGAACAACUCAGGGCUGCUUGUGUGGAGUCUAGAGUAACACCAGCAGUGCUGACAGUGGAGCUGCUUCUGUUUGCAAUAAACAACAUUUGGGCAGGGAAAUCCUCUCUGUUUUCAGAAAGCACCUGUAAUCUGAACACAGAUGUGGUUUUCUGGCUUUCUAGCCACUGUGGGUGUGAAGGAGUACAGACGUUGUCACCUCUUGAAUAGGUCAAACCUCCUACCUGAGCUGGGGGAGCUGCUGUCAAUAAUUCCUCUGCAUCGUACUCCAGCUGCAGAUUAAUAAGGAGCAGCAUUGACUAAGAACUGGCAUCUUCGGUCAGGGCACAUCGUAAUGCUAACAUUUACUUACUUGCAGCAGCAGGAUUUGGGAGGUUGCUGCAGAAGGAAGAGAGCAGUAGCCAGUCUGCUAGCGUGGUCUGAACGUGUGCCUCGCACACUGUGUGCAGAGCACAUGAAAGACAAAGGCGUGAAAUAUAGCUGACACACAAACACAGGCCGGUCUAUGUAUCACCUUUAUCAGUGCUGUCAUAUUGCAGUGGCAAGAACUACCACGUGGGUUUUCUUAAUGUACAACCUUAAGCAUGUUUUCUUAGUGUGCAGGCAGAGUACAGGCAAUAAAGAAAUGCUGCCUUUACUAA